CCACACAGUUCAAAUUUGGUUGUGCUAUUUGCUCCGAUGCUUUUGACAUCAACCAAAAAGUGUUUGCCGUGAAUUGUGGUCAUGUUUACCACGGAACAUGCUUGCGACAAUGGUUAACGACACAAAUGCACUCUGCUGUACCCACAACGUGCCCAAAAUGUCGUGCAUCGGUUACCCAAAUGCGGCGCUUGUUUCUACAUCAAGUUGAUGUCACUCCCGAAAAUAGCUCAGGCUCUGAAGACAAUUCAAUUGCUGAGGAAGAAAUUGAAAGCGACGCUGAUUCGAUUGAUACGAUAUCCGAGGAUUCGUUGGUUCCAGCUUCUGAUGAAGACACAUCAACAACUGAAGAAGAAGAAGAAGUAGAUUAUGAAAGUUCAAUGCAAUCUCUUCGAUCAAUUUUGGAUACGAUGCGUCGGUCGGAAUAUGGAAGAAACAUAGAUUUUCUGUCAGCUUUGGAUCGACGAUUGGAUACGACAAUAAAUGAACUUCGUGAGAUGGGCUACACGGUUGAUGGCUUGUGGGAUAAUAUUCGCAAUGAACGAGCCAGUGAACGCGACAAUUUCAAUUUUCAAUUCAAUUGAAUUUUCUUCUAUGUGAUGAUGUCACAUUGUUCGUCUAAAUCCAAAAUGCAAUCCAUACAUGUUUUACGUUUAUAGUAAUCCAUCCAAAGAAAUUAGAAGUAGGGAAAAAAAUAUUGAAGUACAACAAAUGAACUGAAUUUAUAGUGCCUUAUUUACUGAAGAAAUAAAUAAAAAUUCAA